AAUUUCUAAUAUCAAUUUAGGAUCUUUACGGAAAACUUUUUAAUGUUACCUUUACGUUUAAAAAAUAUUUUAUUAAAAAUCAUAAAUGGAUCAUUAGUAGAUUUACCAACACCAUCAAAUAUUACAACAAUAUGAAAUUUUGGUUCAUUAUUGGGAUUAUGUUUAGUAACCCAAUUAAUUACAGGUAUUUUUUUAGUUAUACAUUAUACACCUAAUAUUCAAAUAGCAUUUGAUAGAAUUAUCCAUAUUUACCGAGAUAUUAAUAAUGGUUGAAUAAUUAAAAAUUUACAUGCAAAUGGUGCUUCUAUAUUUUUUAUCUGUAUAUAUUUACAUAUUGGACGAGGAAUAUUUUUUGGAUCAUUUAACUUUAAACCUACUUGAAUUACAGGAACAACAAUAUUAUUAUUAACUAUAGCAGCCGCAUUUUUAGGAUAUGUUUUACCUUGAGGACAAAUAUCUUUUUGAGGAGCUACUGUAAUUACUAACCUUCUAUCAGCAAUCCCAUAUUUAGGAGAAUUUUUAGUACAAUGAUUAUGAGGAGGAUUUUCUAUUAAUAAUGCUACACUAACACGAUUUUUUACUCUUCAUUUUAUUAUUCCUUUUAUUAUUGUUAUAAUAACAAUUAUUCAUUUAAUAUUCCUACAUAACACAGGGUCAAGAAACCCUUUAGGAACUAAUAGUGACAUUGAUAAAUUACCAUUUCAACCUUAUUUUCUAUUAAAAGACAUUGUAGGAUUUAUUUUAAUAUACUUUAUCUUAAUUUAUAUUAUUUUAAUAAAUCCUAAUAUAUUAGGAGACCCAGAUAAUUUUACCCCUGCUAAUCCUAUAAUUACACCUCCUCAUAUUAAACCUGAAUGAUAUUUUUUAUUUGCAUAUGCAAUCCUACGAUCUAUCCCUAAUAAAUUAGGGGGUGUAAUUCUUCUUCUAAUAUCUAUUUUAGUAUUAUUAAUUAUACCUUUUUAUAAAAUAAUAAAUUUCAAAGGAUUAAAUUUUUACCCAUUUAGACAAUUUCUAUUUUGAAUAUUUAUUAGAAUUGUAUUAAUACUAACAUGAAUUGGAAUAAGACCUGUAGAAAAUCCAUUUAUUAUUGUUGGACAAAUAUUAACAUUAGUAUACUUCUUUUAUUUUUUAAUUUAUCCUACACUAACAAAAAUGUGAGAUAUUUUAUUAAAUUAAAUUAAACCAACAAA